AUGGUUUUAAUAAUGAAUGGAGGUGAAAAAUGGAGAAGACUCACAAAGAUUAUAACCCUCAUAUUUCAUUUCAAGAUUCUAGAACAGUUUAUGGACAUUUUUAAUGCUAAUUCUUGGACAAAAGGUGCUUACUACUUCCAUCAACAUUUCCCUGGUGAUGGAGUCUACGGGGGAAAAAAUCAUGCGAGGCGAACGCUGAUUGUGGUUGGUCACGAAACGGCGGCCAGCCACAAAUGCUUCAUCCUUACGCUGAUCGGGCUGCAUUUCCAUUUCCAGGACGAGAUCGCUCACCGAUAUAAUCCGAAUCGGCACGCCAGCUAUCAUGACCUCCAAAAUAUGACGUACGUCGAAAUGGUAACCAAAGAAAGUCUUAGACUGUUCCCGAAAGUACUUAAUAGCACGCCAUCUGACAGAGGACGCCGACAUUAA